AUAUUUGACCGGCUACUUAUUUCCGGUGUUAGUUUCAUCAUUUAGAAGCAAAAGGAAAAUGGCAUCGUCUUUAAAGCUGGCGGCUUCCCUCAGAACGGUUCUUUGGAAUUCGACUGCAAACUCAGUGACUCAGAUAUCGAGCUGCUGUUCCUGUCUGUUCUAUCAGCAAACUCGCCAUCUUAGAAAGCGAAGUCACAAUAUACCAGCUUGGCGAGUGAAGCAGUUUGAAAAACAUGUCGAAGAUGAUAUCAGUGUUGAAAGUGAAAAGUUCAUCAAGACAGCUAUUCAUGAUCAUUAUAAGAGUGUAAUUAAGAGUCCCUUGAAAGAAGCACCAUGGGAACGAGGUACAUGGACCCAAUGGCCAAAGACUCUCCGUACAGGAGUUCUAGCACUUAAACUGGGGGUCUUACCUCAGUGGACUAAGAAAGGGGAGAAAAUAUAUACAACACUUUUACAGGUUCUGGAUAACCAUGUAAUCAAUUAUCGAAAUCCUGCAGAAGCAACUAAAUUGGCUGCUUGGCACCCGAUGUGGCGCAAUAAAUAUGGAGCUGUUGUUGUUGGGGCUCUUGGAACAGAUCCUAGAAUGUUUACACCAGAAUACAAUAAUUUAUUUAGAAAAACUGGUCUUCCCCCUAAACGUAAACUUGCAAGAUUUUUAGUGACACCUAAUGCUGCUGUACAGCCAGGAACUCCUUUGUCAUGUCUCCAUUUUAGAGUUGGGGAUUACGUAGAUGUUCAAGCCAGAACAAUAGAACAUGGUUUUCAAGGUGUAAUAAAACGAUGGCGUAUGAAAGGCCUUCCAGCAUCACACGGAGUUACCAAAGCUCAUCGUCGUAUUGGAAGCAUUGGUGGUCGACCGAAUCGUUCAGCUAUUAAAAAAGGUAAAAAAAUGCCUGGUCAUAUGGGAGGUGAUUGGAGUACUCUGAGAGGUUUGAAAAUUUGGCGGAUAAAUACAAAAUACAAUGUUUUGUAUGUAAACGGAAAAAACAUCCCAGGACGCAUUCAUUCCUUCAUCAGAAUCACAGACACAAAAUUGCCUCACAAAGAAUCGCCUGAUAAUCCACCCCAUAUGCCAACAUGUUUUGUUGAGGACCAACCUGAAAAUCUACCUGAAAAUCUCUAUGCUGAUGAUUUGUUUCAAUUCAUAGAACCAUCUUUAACUUUUCCUGAUGAAUCAUAGACAAGAUGAAAGUGUUAGAAAAAAGAGAAUAAAAUUUUAGUUCGUUAUUUUA